GACCACCUCUAGCGAGACCCUACGACUGCUCGUACUGUACAUUUCAUAUUACCCUCUAUCCUUCUUCUUGUCCUGUGCGCCAUUUCCAUAUUCAUCGCCUAUGGUCGAGGAUGGCUACGCCACGUCGUAGAUCUGCUCGUUUGAGUAAGAAUGCUCAACCUCAGCGACAAUCUGCUCGUAAACAAAGUACAGCUGUGCUCGGAUCCCUCAUAGAACGAGACGAAACUCCCGAGGUCGGUGAGCCUCAGUCAAUUGAUGAUGUUGUUGAGACUCCCGCGUCCGCCGCAACCGCCAAAUCUCAACUUUCGAGGCUCUCGGGCCUCAAGACACCCAAAACCGAACCACGAGUCGAUCGAGGCGAGAUGCAUCCUGAACACGCUCAUCAUACCACAACAAAAGCUCCCGACUCUGGCCUCAAGCUAGGCUUUGUCGAUAUCUCUUCCCGUCCGCAGACAAUCGCGAGUGCACAAAACACCCCGUCCAAAGCUAGAACAAGCACCCCUGCGCAUUUCCAAUCUACCAACUUUGACUUCAAGUUCGGGGCCGAAUCUCAAUUGAGCACUGAGGCACAAGAAUUAAUGGACAAUGUAAGAGAAGAGGCAGCUAGGAUCAAGGCGCAGAUGCAGGCUGAACGAGAUGCUCAGCAAGACAAGGACGACAAGGCUGAGGCCGAGUUCAAUGGAAUCAACGCUUCCGGCAGAAGAAUUGCGAAACCCAAGGGGAAAGCUGGUCGGUUUAGUGAUAUCCACAUGGCUCAGUUCAAGAAGAUGGAUUCGAUCGCGAAUCACCCUUCAGCAUUCCGAGGAAAGCCUAGUUUUGCGCAACCAACUACACAGUCACUCAAGAGAAGCGGCUCUAAGGCAGGUCUGGACGAGAGUGAGCGACCCCGAACUGCUGGAAAGGGCAGUCCGGCGCGGCGACCGCCGCAAUUUCUCGGGCGCCCAACUUCUGUCAGCCCCUUCAAGUCUAUCCCGUUUCAAUCAGAACGAAUUGAAAACACAGCACCCGCCAAACUUGCUCGACAUUCCGAGUUCCAUGAUGUCUCGGCAAGUCGGUUAGUAGAGCCACCGCAGCCUGUACGGACAUUGCCCAAGCCUAUAUCCAGCCACUUGUUUUCCCCCACCAAGGCCUCGUUAGCAAGAGCUGCAGCAAGUCAGAUCCCGGUCUCGUCGCCGAACAAAGCUCCUUCGCUGAAGCGGCCAGCAUCUGUUAAAUCUUUGAGGACAAACUCGAGCAUACCAAGUGUGCGACCUGCUACAGCGCAUGGAGGAUCUUGUGCUCAGAACCCUUUCAAAUUUCCUCCUGUCGACAAAUCAAGACUUGAUCGACCACUCCCACCGCCGCCUGAAAAUGAUUCUUCUUCAUCGCCAUCGCCAGAGUCGGCAAAGUUUGUGCAAUCCGAAGCCACCGUUCAAUGCUCGUCUCCCUUGAAGCACCCUGGCUUCUCAUCUCGCCUACCAAAAUUCAAUGGGUUGAAAUCGAUCCUACGAACUGGCCGUAAGACUGACAUCAUGCCCCCGACUCAAGAACGUCAAGGCACUCCAAAGCGACCGGCAACUGCUUCUAAUGGCAGUGGCGAUGUGAAGAAGGUAGACUUUACACCCAGUGUGAAAUCGAGAUAUGCUGUCAAACUGGCAGCUGGAAGCCCUAGCCCAGCCAAGCUCCCAACACAGCUCACUCCUGGAAAGGCACUUGAGCCACUUGUCGCGUAUGAUCCAGCUGCAUAUGUGCUUGGUGACGAUGAUGGGGACGAUGCUUGGGAAGAUGCAGAAAGCGAGAUCGAUUAUCCGGUCUUACCUGCCAUGUCCUCAAGCCCUGCGCAACCUGGAUCUGGCAAGUCUUUCGAGAAGAAAGCCAAGGACCACAAGCGUCGGGAAUCCAAGGACUUCAAGUCCAUCUUCACAACUCUUCAUCACCCCUCACGCCCUACGCAGCCAUCAAAUUUUGCUUCCUUCAAUGCUGCGGCCAACAAGAGCGGCCCAACUGUCCACGUUGACAAGAUCAUGAGAUCACCAAGCAAUACUAAUUUCUCACGACCAUCGCCAUCUACAAUCCGUCGCGUCAGAACAUCAGGUGUCACCGAGUUGGUCCAGCCUUUCGAGGAUGCGGAGGUGCAGACCGUGCCUCACGGUAUCCCUGGUAAGAAGCGGCGUCGCGAAUCGACGGCUUCCAACGAAGACGAAGACUCCUUCGUGUCUGCCGGAAAAGAGAACCGACGUAUCAGCGUCAUGCCAUCUGUACCUGGCGGUUGGUGCGACACUCCGCAGCCUGAGGAGCAAGAUGAAGGCGCGAAACGUGGUGGCAAGCGUGCAAAAGUCGGUAGCUUCACCAGUCCGCCCGAGAAGCCCAGAGCUGAAGCAAAGAAACCUCGACAGAGCAUGGCGCGAGAAAUGGCAAAAAAGACUGCUGAUGCACGUAAGGGCAAGGGUAUUCUCAGCCUGACCCGUUUGAACAUGUUGAGCCGCCCGAAGCAGAGAGGUUGAAUUGUUUUAUGACAAUCUUUGGAUGAAAUCUGCCGCCUCUUUUGUUCAUGAUGCUGAGCAGCGUCUCGAUUGAGAGUCUUGAAGGCAUCAUGAUUCCCCAUUCGGCUCGAGCUUGUUCCUCACCGAAUUUACAAGCCGCUCAACCAUUCUCUCUGCCUGGUCAGAGGUGAGUCAGGCUCUUUUUUACGACUUUUGCCUUGCGGAAAUUUGUGUUAAUUGGCCAUCACUUGAUUUUAUCGGAAAUACGAAUUGUGGAAUGUGUUCUCAAGGGUACGGUCAAUGGAUUUGGUGCAGAUGAAGUUUGAAUCCGCAAUCUUUCGUGCGCCUCGUUUGACCUGGGGUGAGAAUUGGACUUGGGCUCUCUGGAGUUUCUGGAAAGGUCUCCGAGACUAUGGGCGAAAAUGGGAAAUGGAAUGGCUUCGUUGGAACUGUCCUUUCUAAUUUGGCGUUUUCGAGGAUCACAGGAUUACAGGACCACCGAUUCAGUGACAACAUUCCCGAACGGUUUCGGUCGAUACGUACCAGAAAAAAGUCCCUUUUUUUCAAUUUUGGAGUCAUUGGCCAUGGAAAGGGUCGGUUUGAGCUGGACAGGCUGGAUGGAUGGAGUGUUUUGUGUGUUUCUUGCAAUGGCAGAACUUUUGUUUCCACACAAAUUUUACAUGUCGAUGAAUCAAUUAAUGCCUUUAUGACUUUGUCCAGGAUAGGACAGCAGUACUCCGUCUGGAAGAGACAGCAGAAUGACCCCUCAGCUCCAGUGGUUACCUAGGCUGGUGGUCAACAGUCCAGUCGAGG